AUGUCCGCCCUCCGCUUUUUACUCCUCCUGCUAUGCUUCAUCAUCCAGCGCGCCGCAACCUCCGACGCAAACAACUACUUCAUCAAGCCCUCCUCCGGCAACGGCAUCAACCCCGUCUGGACCUUAGGAGACGACCAGGUCAUCUCUUGGAAAACGACCCUGGGGGUAUUUAAUGUCUCCAUCUGGCAGCAGAGUCUGGUCCAGCAGAGCGCGGCGAGUCAGGGGAACAUCUAUUCCAAAAUCCACCCCACCGACUCCGUCACCAACUUCACCUGGCCCGUCCAGCUCUACGGCUUCGACCUCGCGUACUCCAACGUCUUCUUCCUGUGGAUUGACCCCGAUGAGGCGGGUGGGUUCGUCUCGUGUUAUUUUAAUAUUACUAGGGCGGAGGGGGCGGAGUCGGUGCGCGAGUCGGCGACGACGGUGUCGGGGUUGGGGUCUGCGACGGGAUCUGCGUUGACGCGGGGCCGGGUCGGUUGGCGCUUGGGGUUGGUCUCGGGGUUGGGGUCCCGUUGCUUGGGGCGGUGGUUGCGCUGGGGGUUUUGGUGGGGAGAUGGAGGCGGGACUUGCAAGUACAGGGUGGUGGUGGUGGUGCGGGAGGGAAGGAGGGGUCGUCGUCGAGUGCGACUCUUGCGUCUUCUGGUGGUGGGUCUGGGUAUGGGUAUGAGUAUGGGCCUGGGUAUGGGCCUGGGCGUGGACAUGGAUACCAGCAUUACGGAGGUGGGGAGGGGCCGAAGGAAAUGGUCGGGUCGGAGCCGAGGGACAGAUUAG